GGUUCCUUUGCGGGUAAACAGACAUGGCCGGCGAGGGAGAUCACCAGGACGCUGCGCACAACAUGGGAAACCACCUGCCGCUUCUGCCUGCUGACAGUGAAGAUGAAGAUGAUGAAAUUGAAAUGGAAGUUGAAGACCAGGACAGUAAAGAAGCCAGAAAACCAAAUAUCAUAAACUUUGACACCAGUCUGCCGACCUCGCAUACAUACCUGGGAGCUGAUAUGGAAGAGUUUCACGGCAGGACUUUGCACGACGACGACAGCUGUCAGGUGAUUCCAGUUCUUCCUGAGGUGAUGAUGAUCUUGAUUCCUGGGCAGACGUUACCACUGCAGCUUUCUCACCCGCAAGAAGUCAGUAUGGUUCGGAAUUUAAUCCAGAAGGACAGAACCUUUGCAGUUCUUGCAUACAGUAAUGUGCAAGAAAGGGAAGCACAGUUUGGAACUACAGCAGAGAUCUAUGCGUAUCGAGAGGAGCAGGAGUUUGGAAUUGAAGUAGUGAAAGUGAAAGCAAUCGGACGGCAGAGGUUCAAGGUCCUUGAACUUCGAACACAGUCAGAUGGAAUCCAGCAAGCUAAAGUGCAAAUUUUGCCAGAGUGUGUGUUGCCGUCAACCAUGUCUGCAGUUCAGUUAGAAUCACUCAAUAAGUGCCAGAUAUUUCCUUCAAAACCUAUCUCUUGGGAAGACCAGUAUUCAUGUAAAUGGUGGCAGAAAUACCAGAAGAGGAAGUUUCACUGUGCAAAUCUGACAUCAUGGCCUCGCUGGCUGUAUUCAUUAUAUGAUGCUGAAACAUUAAUGGAUAGAAUUAAGAAACAGCUACGUGAAUGGGAUGAAAAUCUCAAAGAGGACUCUCUUCCUGCAAACCCAAUAGACUUUUCUUACAGAGUAGCUGCUUGUCUUCCUAUUGAUGAUGUAUUAAGAAUUCAGCUCCUUAAAAUUGGCAGUGCUAUUCAACGGCUUCGCUGUGAGUUAGACAUCAUGAACAAAUGUACUUCCCUUUGCUGUAAACAAUGUCAAGAAACAGAAAUAACAACAAAGAAUGAAAUAUUUAGCUUAUCCUUAUGUGGUCCAAUGGCAGCAUAUGUGAAUCCCCAUGGAUAUGUACAUGAGACACUGACUGUGUAUAAAGCUUCCAACCUGAAUCUGAUAGGCCGGCCUUCUACAGUGCACAGCUGGUUUCCCGGGUAUGCAUGGACCAUUGCCCAGUGUAAGAUCUGUGCAAGCCACAUUGGAUGGAAAUUUACAGCCACCAAAAAAGACAUGUCACCUCAAAAAUUUUGGGGCUUAACUCGCUCUGCUCUGUUACCUACAAUUCCAGAGACUGAAGAUGAAAUAAGUCCAGACAAAGUAAUACUUUGCUUAUAAGUGCACCUGCAGGAGUGACUUUCUGACAUAUUUUCUCAAAUCAGAUCUGCCCAGACAUCACUGCCUCUGAUAUAUAUGUAUAAUGGGUUACAGCAUUUGGCUACCAAGUUCAAGAGCAACCUGUUUAGGGAAUGAGAAAGCCGUAUAAAAUGCAAGGUUGGAUUCAGAAGUACUUGCUGUUAGUCGCUUGGUACCAGUGAUUAUCCUGUUGGAUAUAUGUCAUUGAUAGGAAAAGAAUACACAAGUGAAAUAAUGGGAAUGGCUAUGGAACAGGAAAAAGGCAUCGCUGCUCUAAAUGAUGAAUGUUCCAGAAGCUGGUUUGGUAAGCACAAGACAGAGGCAAGGCAGUGUAAUUGUAAAAGGACUUUGCUCCUUUCAAUUUUCUUUAGCUUGUCUAAGAUACUACUGAUUUGUAAAUUUUGAAAAUAUUAAAGAGUAAAAUAAGCAGUUUGAGCAGAAAAAAAUAAUAGCAUUCGGUGUAUUUGCACUAUUUAUUUGAUGAGCCUGUCAUGUGCUAGAUCCCUUUAAUGUAUAUGUCCAAUUUGCAUUUCAUUUGCAAAUAUAAGUGAACAAUAUAUAUUUCUAGGAUUAUACCAUUCAGGAAAUAAAGUUAAAGCAACUGAAGGGCAUAUUUAAAUAAACCUGGCCAACACUACCUAUAUCCAAAUCUAUUCUAUUUAGGUGAAUUAUGUCAAAGUAAUCAGGUAAAAAUACUUAAAGUGUAAGUACAGUAAUAAAAUGUAACUCAAGAAUAGGCUUCUCCUCAAUGUCAUUUUUUUUUAAAGUUCUACUUCUCUACAUUGAAGCUGCAGUAAUGAAGUGGGGGGAUUAUGCCUUACUGCUGCAGUACGAUCUGAGGAGAUCCACAUGCUGGUUACCAUCACUUUCAGAGAGUACCGUUUAAAGCAAUUUUACACAACAUAGCAGCUUUGAUGUCACUCCAUCUGUGCAGAUGACAAGGCAGGAAUGCCAUAGUUUAAAAUCCUCCAGGUCUUUACUGACCUGGGUGAAGUAGAUUUUGACACCCCCUUUUAUACAACAUAACCCUAUUUGACUUAUAAGAAAAUUCAAAUUCCAAAAGCUGCUGUUUGCUUACAAAGUACACAGAUAUUUACGAGUGGCUAUGCAGUAAGUAGAGUUAAUUAUAAAUUAUAAAAUAUCAAAAAUCUAAGCCAUAUCCAUUUAAUUAGUAAAAUAAAGUGUGUUCACUAUCUGUGGCACCUGAUAGUUAUAAAGGCAGGAGUCUCAACACCACCCUCCUGUAAUUCCUGCAACUUUCUGAAAUCAAACAAUCCUGUAUAAAUAGAUGUCAUUAUGGACUACUUAAUUUUAAAAUUCAGGAAACAGCUAAGACACCAUUUAGCACACACAUUUUUUCUUCUACAGUUCCCACAUUUUAAGAUCAACAGGCAGUCUAAAUGAGUUAUGAAAGCUAUGACUUUCUCACGUGGCACUGCAGUUGGACAAUUCAGAGUUCAGCUGCAUUAAGAGAAGGCAGACUUGAGCUAAGCUUGUCUAUGCACACUCGUGCUGUUCCUAGGGUUUCAGUAAGACAGAAGGAAACCAGUCUUACCAAGACUUCCCACUGUUUCAUGCGGAGCUCGGUUUUUAUGUCUUCUUUAUGUAACUUAGUAGUUCAUCUUUUUCCAUUUGGUAACCACUUUUCUUCCACUGUUCACGCAACUGCUGUAACAGGGCCCCAAUUUCCUUCCCUGAGGAAAUGCCCACUUUCCUGAUGUCGUGUCCACUCACAGGGAAUGGCGGCACAGACCACUGCUGCAUCUCCUUGAGAAGAGCAUGCUCUCCUUGGUACUUCAGCAGCUCACAAACACGGGCAGUUGCAUCCGGUUCCCUAGACUAAGUGACACAGUUUUAUCACAUACUAAGCACUCACAACUUCAUUCUACUAUUUAAAUACUUACAUCAAAUCUACAGUUUAAAAAAUUACUUCUCUCCAGUGAGAACUAUUUUCUGAUCAAACUUAACACAUACUUACAUCUAUAACAAAGUCUUGAUAUGGUUUCAAUGGUUCUGAACUAUCUGUUGCUUUAAUCAAAUCUUUCCUGUUUUUAACUAUAAAUAAACCCAGGUUUUUCUCCUCUUUUGAAAUUUUCAAUCUCAAAUCCAGUUUUGUGACAUCAUCUUGUACUUUGAAUAAAGAGGCCAAAACAGUCAUUGGUUUCGGUGAAAAGCCUUCAACAUUUUUACUGACUUUGUUAAAUUCUUCUAAAUUUGCAUUAGCAGGUAAACCUGUAUAAAAAAAGGAAAAAGUCAUGUUUUUGUUAACUACAAACCCUCACUCAUCUCUUCAACUAUGCAGACUUUUAAGAAUGUACAGUGUUCUUUCUCCACUGCCCACUAUCAGCCCAUUGGCCACUCCCUUAACUCCUAGAGAAAAAUCUUAUGUUCUUGUGUCCCACAGCAAGAUGUAGUUCAAAGCUUAGGAGCUGUGAUCAUGGCAGGUACACAACAUAUGCCGUCUUCAUUAUGGUCGUGUCUGCACCCAUUCCAUACUCGGUAAUUUUAUGUUCUUGUGAAAUAGAGUCAAAGUUACUGUCUAGAAUAUAUUGGCUAUAAUUAUGAAUCUCCUUUCUAUAAAGUAUUCUUGUAAAAGCGCUUAUUAUGCAUUAACUUAUUGCUUCCUCCUCCUUUCUGUGAAGUAACUUUUAUUUUGGACCUUUUGAUGAUAAACCAACCUGACCUGCAAAGUGGCACAGCUUCAUCAAAUUCAAGUGUUCUCUCAGCUAUUCUUUACCCAUAAAUAAACGGUUUCCAUCCUUAA